AAAUCUAUUAGGCACCAAUACCUAAGCGCCGGGAUAUGAGCCAAUCGAAAGUUGAGGCUGUAUCAUCUCAGAGCCUGAUUUUCAUGACUUUUUUUAAGCACUUUUCACCUUGACCCCGCUUUCCUUGCAUUUCUCUCAUCGGCUCAAUUCCGUCAAUUCCUUCGCUAUUUUUUCCUUUUCUCAUAUCUGGGAGCCAUCAGUUGGCUACAUCAUAGCCCAUGGACCCUGCCUCUGCCAUUGGCGCUACGUCAGCGGUCCUUUCCUUCGUUGAUUUUAUCUGCAAAGUCACCAAAACUGGCUAUGAGCUGUACGAUGCCUCCAAUGGCACCCUGGACGACUAUGAGCGACUGAAGACAGUGACGUCGGCUCUAGACCCGAGCCUUCAGUCAUUGAAAGAUGGAGUAGCAACCAAAGGCGGAGCCAGUCUCUCCGGUGCCGAAAGAGGCAUGCUAGACGUAGCAGAGAGAUGCAAGGAAAUCGGCGUAGGGCUCAUCAGCCUUAUCAAUACAUACCCAGUAGGAGAAAAGACAGCCGAAAACUCGUCAAUAGAUACAUCGAAUGCAAAACUCAGUAACAGAUUAAGACGUAUUGGGAAGACGUCCAAGGCCGCUAUACACGUUGUCUGGACCAGAUCCGAGGCAAGAGCAUUACGAGAUGAGUUUACUGCCUGCAUAACCCAGCUCAGUAUUCACCUAGCUGUGAUAUCAAGGUCCGAUAUCCUUGCUAAGCUUGAGGAUCUGAUACAAGCUGGCAACAGCCGGGAUGGAGAGGCUUUAGACUUGCGAGAUAUCGUGAGUCCACUUGGAGAGGACCUCAACGAUUUGCGUAAUCAAGUGUUUACAUCUGCGGCGGAGCUACGCUACAUGAUUGACAACCUUCAGAGACAAUCCAACGACGAUCGAGAUGCUUGGGUUGAGAGCAUAGAGCAUAUCCGUACCUUCUAUCAGGUUUCUCAAGGAACACUGCAGGCCAUGAAUCACCAAUGCAUCCUUGAUGGAAUAUCAUUCCCAGGAAUGAAUACAAAGAGAGCCAUUCUUGAUGAAGCGCCAGCUUCAAAGGGUACCUAUGAGUGGAUGUUGUAUGACGAGAGUAUUCCAGAAUCUCAUACCCAUACAUUGGAUUUAUCAUUUAAGCUGUGGCUCUUACAAGGACAUGGAAUAUUUCACAUUACUGGAAAACCUGGAAGUGGCAAGUCAACUCUCAUGAACCUUAUCGCGCACCAUAAAGAGGCCAAGACACUCUUGAACUCGUGGGCUGAUGGUGACGGCAAGAAACUCAUCAAAGCCAUUGUCUGUUUAUCAAAGCCAGGUCAAAGCUUGGAAAAGUCCAUGGAGGGACUCCAGAGAACCCUCUUGUACUCAAUCCUGGAUCAAGCCCGGCAAAGUCUUAUUCCCCAAGCACUCCCGCAAUUCUGGAAUCCUGAGAAUUGGCCGUCUUUGAAACUUCGGAGUGAUAAAAAGAAACGUAUUAGCAAAGAAGACAUUGAAGCAGCACUCGAGGCUGUAUUGACUAAUUCGUCAUCUAACUAUCGGUUUUGCAUUUUUUUGGAUGGUGCAGACGAAUUCGAAGACAUAACGUUUCCCAAAUGGAAGCUAGCGAUGCGGUUACUAUCAUGGGCCGGAGGAAAUGUCAAAAUUUGCGUCUCUAGCCGAGAAGAAGAUCCCUGGCUUACAAGGUUUCCGUCCGGCCAGAGAAUGAGGUUACAUGCAGUCACACGAGACGACAUACGCAAAGCUAUCGAAAACGACAUACUUGAACACCCCGACUUCCAAAGUUUCCCCCAGGAAGACCAACUUGGCUUUAUUCAGGAGUUUAUCGAUGAGGCAAACGGGGUGUUUAUCUGGGUAAAGCUCGUUCUGAAAUACGUUACAGAAAAGUUGGAUCACAGCGAGGAUCUCCCACAGCUUUACAGGACUCUGUCAACUCUCCCAAAGUCUUUAGAGGCCUUUUAUGAAAAGAUCUUGAAUGAUUUUCCUGAACCAGAUAGGAAGGAGGCUUACACAAUUCUCUAUAUCUUACUUCGUACAAAACCCCCACAUCGAACAUUUUUAUUCUCUUUUAUUCGGCAGUGCAUUGGCCACAACAGAUCUUUGAGCACAGCUGAUCGAAGAGACUGUGGAGAUCCGAUUUGGCUAGGAGAACAUGUGGAAGCUUUUGAGCGAAGGUUGCCACUACUCUUAAAAGGAAUGGUUACCUCGAUCAAAAACACUAAACGAAUGGGCCAGAGGCGCAUACUGCCAGUUCACUAUUACCGAUUGGAGGUUUCACAUCGCUCUGUCUAUGAGUUCCUACAACUUCGAGUUAACAAGAUCACCGAUUCAGCAGCUGACCAAAAGCUGACCAUGAUCCAAGGACUCACACAGACGUGGAAAGCUUCGGGGCCGUUUGUGCCAUCAUUAUUUAAUUAUGAUAUCCUAGAAAUGCUAUUAACGUGGCUAAGGGAUAAUUUUAAAGAUGGUGACACAUUCGUUUUCCAGCAACUAUCAGAAUUAGACUCCUGGUUAUUCCAAUCACAACAUACAGGAAACUGGAACACAUUCCGGCAAUUCGACAGAGGACAGCGAACACCAGCGACGGUUUCAGUGCUAGAAACUGCUGCUAGGAUUGGCUGGUUGCAAUAUUUGCGCUGGGAACUGACCAACACUGAUCAUCCAUGGAUGCAUUUAGACAGCAUACGUGCUUCACUUCUCAGAGCUGCUUCCACAAAGAGGGAGGGUGAUGAUGUCUCAUGCCAGGAAUAUCUUUUACAGCUCGACUUUAGCCCUAAUUCCAAAGGCUACCUUCCACCAUGGGACGAUAUACCUCUCUCAACAUGGCAGGGCCUUAUCUGUCAGGCAUGGAUAUAUGGGACUAUGUUUGAAAAAGAGAAAUAUCAUUGGCCGCGUAUAGCUAAGUAUUUAGAAUAUGAUGCUGUGACACCAGUGGUAUUCAGUUGGUCACUCCCCGAUCUUCCUACGCACGAUCGCAUGCUUGCAGUUAAUCAAGUCGUGCGAGGGAGAGAUCAGCCUCGGGUUUCUAUAUCCAAGUGUUGGAUAAGGUUUGGACCAACCCAUGGCACUAAAGAAGCGGUGGACUUAAAUAUUACGGACAUGUGUAUUCCGCCAUCGCUGGCAAGGGAAUUUCCCGGAGGUAUAUCACUGUGGCAGUUAUAUGAGCUUUAUGGGCCAAAAGACGAUCCAGAAUUGUCGAGGCAAAUGCAGCUAGCACAGGGUUUGAGAGAAAGUCGAGGUGGUACAAGAUUUGGGGUUAGCAUCACCGUAUGGGGAUGCUGUGUAUUCUUGUUGCUGGCAAUGGUUUUGAAUUUAUUCUUGCAAUAGAUUUUCGAUCACGCAAGCCUAGUAGUCACACACACACAAGUCUAUUACGCCUGGUAGGCCAACGCCUAAAGGGCUCUGAAGCUAAGAUUAUAUAUAACUCUCUAGUUUUUGCCUUGCUCUUGCUAAGCCUAUGAAAAUCCUGCCUUAUUCUUUCUAGUCUAG